CUCUUUCGCGAAGUCAACCAAGUCGGUCACGCGCGCACGUCCCUCACUGUCCUCCGAGUGACUCUUUGGCGGGAUUUUUUUUCUCACGGUGAAUGCUCUUUUUUUGCACUCCCGUCUUCGGCACCUCACCAACUUCUCUCCAAUCACUCUCCAUUUCGCGCAAUUUGGGGGCUCCCAAAUGUAUAUGUGUGGCGUCUUGUGUGCGGACUUGAGAUCGUAAAUUCUGCAGGCAACCGCCUGAAAAGUGUGGGCAUUGAUUUUCGUUGUUGAAGAGUCCACACCAGACCGAUCGAUUGCUCUGGAGUUUUUCACAUGCAUGAAAAACCUCUCGAAACUCACGGUGUGGAAUACAUAACGAGGAUCUUGAGACUUCUUUUUUUGCCUCUUUAUUAUUUUGAAGGCAUUUUCGCGUGAAAGCAUCAGUAUUCAUUCAAAGCUCGCAGUUGCAGAAGUGAUAAACUGUGGAGUGCGUGCAUGUGUCCUAUCCACGUAAUAUAUAACUACAAGUGUGUAUAACCAUCAGCCAGGUGGACCGACCGUGGUGCGUUGAUGGAACGUGGUUUUCUUGUCGGAACAUCGUGAGUGUGGACAAAGUGAAGAGAUUUUAAGAAAAAAAAAAAAGUUCGCUGAAGAGCUGUGCGAAAAAAAGAGAACCUCAAGCACCUCUCGAACGGUCAUUUGUAACCAUCUGUGACGCGAGCAGCCUCCAGAAAAAAAGCUCAAGUGAAUUUUCCAGAGAUGUGAAAAUGUUGUGAAGAGGCACAAUUUGCGCGCCACGAAGGUGUUACAGUGUCAGUGAAGUUGCAUUAAGAAGAAUUUAAAAUAAAAAGAAAAAAAAAAGAGUGAGAUCUGCAUCACCUGAAGGAAUAUUUUCAUGUGCACAACCAAAGCCACACAAAGUGGAGUAAGACUAAAAAUUGUUCAUUGCAUUCACUGCACAAUCCAACAAGAGAGUCUCUGGGUCGACCACUUUGCUUCAGCUGAUAUCAUCAGCAGCACAGAGGAGCGUGUGGAAAAUUGACGGGAGGUGACACGCACAAGGAGACAGAGUGACGACGUGGUCUGCAACAUUUAACAUAUUGUAGCACAAGUUGCAUCUGCCAGGGGGAGAUGUGAUUAAGUGGAUCUCAAAAGCAACACAUUCGUGCGUUGUUCUUGUCAAAAGUGAGUGUGGGGAGGCUGAAGGCAGACAGUGAGAUCGCAUAGAUCGCAGAUGAUGGAGUGUGCAGAGAGUAAUGUGUGAGCGACGAUUGCUAAAUUGUCGGUUAUGGCUGUGCAACAACGAAUUACUCUUGACAACGAAAUAAGUGGCAGUCCAUCAGUGGGACGACAUCCGAUUGUCCUCCUUAUCUGUGUCAUCCUCUGCGUCCCAAUUUCUGCCACAAGCACCACAAUGGCCACUCCAUCAUCCACAACUCACGGCAUCAUCCGUGAAUCUGUCGUCAUACCAGGCUCCGAUCCCGAAAGGGAGGCAAAGGAGCUGUACGACAAGGCCCUUCAGCAAUUUGAAGUGGCCACGGGGAAAACCCUGCGCGGCAUUUGUGCCAUCUGGGAAGCGAAAGGGUGCCAGUGUUCAGGAAGUGCCGAUGAAGUGGUCCUCGUGUGUAGAAGUUUGGAACUCGUAGAAGUGCCUGUCGAUUUGCCAAUUGAACUGAUCAAACUUGAUCUUGGAACAAACAAUAUUACCAAUUUACCUAGUAGAGCUUUUGAUAUGGCGCCAUCUUUAGAGGAAUUAAUUUUAUCUGAUAACACCUUAGCACGAAUAGCUACAGAUGCCUUUGAUGGAUUGAGCAAAUUGAAACGAUUGGUCCUUCACAAUUGUGGUCUCAGUCAGAUUCCUGAUGACGCGUUCAAGCACCUACCGUCGCUGACGUCACUGCAGAUAGAUGGGAAUGCCAUAAUGUAUCUGGACAGUGUCAACUUGCGGCAUCUUCAGCAAUUGCGGAGUUUGCGAUUAGAGGGGAAUAUGAUACAAAAAGUUCCCACCGAAACUUUAGCUGGUCUUCCAUCUCUUGAGGCACUAAACUUGGGCAACAAUCAUUUGGUCAGCAUCGAUGAGAAUGACUUUCCCGUGAUGAAUAAUUUAAUAGUUCUGUUACUGAAGAGAAAUCAAAUCACCGAGAUUAAGCAAGGUGCUUUUGGCAAUUUGUCCAAAUUGCGAGUACUAGAAUUGGACGACAACCUGAUAACUUCUCUUUCAUUUGGAUUGGAAAAUAUGACACAAUUGCAAGAAUUUUCAGCAUCCAAUAACCGAAUUCGAUGGCUAUCGAAGCACGAUUUGCCGAGAAGUCUUACGGCCCUUGAUUUACGAGCCAAUCCAUUGUCAGGAAUUAAACCGGGUGCCAUAAAUAACAUGCCAAGGUUAAGGAAAUUAGUGCUGUCGGACGCCAGGAGUUUAUUGGAGCUACCCAGUUUGGAUGGGUGUGGUGCUCUUGAGAUUUUACGAGUAGACAGGGCAAGUCUGUCCAAGGUUCCCUUCAAUCUCUGUAAGACCUGCCCCCGCCUCAAGAGCCUAGAAUUAAAAUCCAAUCGGUUGCGUGUUGUACCCGAGCUGUCCAGCUGCAAGGAGUUGCGUGUAUUGGAUUUGGCAGGAAAUCUCAUAACAUCCCUCCAUGGGGCACCAUUUCAGGGAUUGGGGCAGCUACAUGAUCUCCUGCUGGCACACAAUGAAAUCCAAGAAAUCCCCCGAAAAGCAUUCAGUGGCGCAGAGAAGCUACAAGUGCUCGAUCUCGAGAGCAAUAGAAUCCACAGCAUCAGUGCUGAUGCUUUUGCGGAUUUUAUGCAGCUGGAAGAUCUCAAUUUGGGCAAUAAUAUUUUCCCACAGCUCCCAGCAACAGGUCUCCAUCGGUUACUCCAUCUCAAAACGUUCAACAACCCCAAACUCCGUGAUUUCCCACCACCCGAAACAUUCCCCCGCAUCCAGACGCUCGUUCUCUCCUACGCCUACCAUUGCUGCUCCUUCCUCCCCCUCCUUGCGCUUGGGCAUCGAAACAAGGCGCCUCCACUGCAGGAAGCGGUGCUCUUUCCCUCAGACAAUGAAUUUGACAUGAGUCUGUGGAACAACAGCCUGACCGACAUUUGGCCACAGCUGCACAAUCUCAGCAAAAAGUUCGGACCGCAAAUCAAUGAAUUGUGGGAUUCAUUCGGAUCGGAUUUCACCUACCCGGGAAAUUUACCCGCCUACGUUGAGGAAUACUUUGAGGAGGAGAAUGUGGCACCCACGAGGAAUUUCAUACCCGAAAUACUUCCAGGAUCCAUUCAAUGCCUACCACUGCCAGGACCUUUCCUGCCUUGCUCUGACCUUUUUGAUUGGUGGACCCUUCGAUGUGGAGUAUGGGUAGUCUUCCUCCUAGCCAUGCUGGGCAAUGGCACCGUUGUGUUCGUCCUCAUCUUUUCCCGCUCAAAAAUGGACGUCCCGCGCUUUCUUGUCUGCAAUUUAGCCGCUGCAGACUUCUUCAUGGGCGUCUACCUUGGCAUCCUGGCCGUUGUGGAUGCCUCAACACUCGGAGAGUUCCGUAUGUUUGCCAUUCCGUGGCAAAUGAGCGCCGGAUGCCAGCUGGCAGGCUUCCUGGCGGUUCUCUCCUCCGAGCUAUCGGUCUACACUCUAGCUGUGAUCACACUGGAACGGAAUUACGCCAUCACGCACGCCAUGCACCUCAACAAGAGACUCUCCCUGCGUCAUGCUGGUUAUAUUAUGACAAUUGGGUGGACUUUUGCCCUCACAAUGGCUAUUCUGCCACUUUUUGGAAUUUCCGACUACCGGAAGUUUGCUGUUUGUCUGCCAUUUGAGACGACAAACAGCACAGCAAGUCUGGCGUAUGUGGUGUUCCUCAUGCUAAUCAAUGGGAUUGCAUUUCUCAUCCUAAUGGGGUGCUACCUGAAGAUGUACUGCGCAAUUCGUGGUUCCCAGGCGUGGAAUAGCAAUGACUCCCGGAUAGCCAAGAGAAUGGCUCUGCUUGUCUUCACAGACUUCCUCUGCUGGUCUCCUAUUGCUUUUUUCUCCUUGACAGCGGCUUUUGGGCUGCAUCUCAUCUCCCUGGAGCAGGCCAAGGUGUUCACGGUUUUUGUACUGCCGCUCAAUUCAUGCUGCAAUCCCUUCUUGUAUGCUAUUCUCACGAAACAAUUCAAGAAAGACUGUGUCCUCAUCUGUAAGGCCAUUGAGGAGUCACGUGUUACACGUGGGAUUGGACGCUGCCGGCACAGCUCCAAUUUUAGCAAUCGUCAAACACCGGCAAAUACUAAUUCGCUGGUGGAGAGAUCCUCAAAGGAAUUGCCACCCCUUCUGCCGGGGCCACAGUGUGGGUGUGCUAAGCUGCUGGAGCAGCAAGUAGCUCGCAAGAGGACAAGUCAUCAUCAUCAAGAGAGCACACUGUCGAAGAUGUGGCGACAAUUUAUGUGCAACAAACGCCCACCUGAUAGCCGACGCAACCAGUCGGAUCAGUAUGCGUACCAAAUUGCUGAGAUUCAGCAGAAGCAGCAUCACAAGAGGGCUGGCUCUAUGUCAUCCAGUGAGAAUUUUAGCUCAUCCCGCUCGGAUUCAUGGAGGCAUGGUCCACCACAUCAUCACUGUGGCAUCCCCCUGAGGAUUCUGGACACCAGACGACGGCAUUCCUCGUGGCUGGUCACGCGGAAGACGUCGCAGGACUCCAAUUUGUCCAGCUCGCGCAAUGAUUCCUCCACAUCGGCAACCACAGCGAGCACAUCAACAUUCCGGAUGUCCAGAUCCAGUGCUGGGAGUUCCACACCAAUGCCGCCACUUAAUACACCGAGGAACAGUAUUCCGGGGGCAAAGCCUCGAUUGGUGCGACAAUCCGCCGUUCAGGAGGAACUCUCAGCGGAUUUGUCAGCCUCACCACCUCGUCUGGGGGUCCGCUUCCUGCCCACAAUCCCCUCAGCGGCGGACAGCAGUGUUCAACUUGACGAGGACUCCCAGCAGGCAAUCUGCGACUCAACGGGCAUUGCCUUCUACACCAUCCUCCAGAGCGGCGGUAGCCCCCUCGCGACGCUCUCUAGUCCCAAAGAUAAAAAUCGACCACCCUGAGGGUUUCGCAAGGCCAAAACUUUUAUAUCUGAAGACGCGAUUCCUACGUGUGUAAAUUCAUAAUAAAAUAUACCACUUAAGUAGUUUAAUGCUCUAUAAUAUUAUAUACACAGUUGUAAUAGAUUUUAUUGACUGCCAUUAAGAUGUAAGUGAUACAUUUUUUGAUAUAUGAGUUCCACCUUCGUGAUAUACAUUAGGAUCUUUUUAUUCUUAACAACAAAAUGAGAAGAAAUCUCUCAAUUUAAUGAAGAUUUUUCUUCCACCAAUCCUUUUUCAAAUUUAUCCUUCUUCGCGCGUGGCAUACCUAUUCAUAGAAAAAAAAAUCUCUGUAAUAUAACUUUUGUGCUGUUUGGAUCGUCAAUCGAUGGUCUGCUGAAGUUGAUUUAACUCAAAAAAAAAAUUGUAUAAAAUAAAAACCACACAAAAAUGACAAAUUGUUCAAAACCAAUGCCAAACUUUAUGUAGUGAAUUAUAUCAUUAUAUUGCAAUAUACAUAGCAUAGUCUAUAUUGAUGAAGUAAUAUUCAAAAUUAUAUUAAUUAAUUGUGGUACAUCCUUUUGAAUUAAUAUUGUUAAGGUAUAUCACCGUCCAUGGACAAUAACCGCAAAAUUAUACCUAUUUUAAACAUAUAAAAAACAUCUACAUUAUGUAUAUGAACUCCAGUGUAUCCCAGAGACAUGUGGAGGUGAAUGAUGAGAGUAAAUUAUUACUAUCAA